AAAGAUCAGUUAGGUGAGCAUCUUGAUCUUGUAGUGCACACAAUGAGACGCCACAAAUAUAUUCAUUACUCCACUCAUUACGCCACAAAUAUAUUUGUAGUGCACACAAUGGGAGAGAUCCACCAUACCUAACGCCUGCGAUCAAGAUCUUCUUAACUCACUCGUACUCUAUUGUUCGAGUUCUUUUAUUUCGAUCCAAACCAUCUACUUUCCUUUCCAGAUUUUGAUCGGUCUCUCCGUUGGGUAGUUUUUUUGUUUGUGGAUUGGGCCAACCUUCUGUUAUUGCUUGUGCAAGGAAGUUAUAUCAGUGGUUCAAAGGUUUAUCUAAAGUUGUGAAUAAUUUGAUAGUUUACUUCUUGCAAAUUAAGCAAUUCCCUUUUGUGGGAAUCCCAAGGGUGGAUUAUUUUGGAGCUCUUAUAGAAAAAAAAAAGAUCUAUAUGUUUUGGAGAUAUGGAGCAUUUUCCUGUUGAAGUUAUUGGAAACAUACUAUCUAGGCUCGGAGAUGCCCGAGAUGUGGUAAUAGCUUCUGCAACUUGUUCAAAAUGGCGAGAAGCUUACUGCAAACAUCUUCACACACUUUCAUUCAAUUCCAAUGAUUGGCCUGUUUAUCGUGAUUUGCCAACUAGUGAUCUAGAAAUCUUGAUAACUAAAACGAUAUUUCGAACAACGGGAUUAGAAGUACUAUAUAUUCUAAUGGACGCUAUUGAGUUCUCGGCUUCUACCUUCAUUUCUUGGUUCAUGUAUACUAGGGAAAAAUUGCGGCGAUUGUUCUAUAAUGUUCGAACUACUCCAAGUGUUAACAUAGUUGAAAUAUUUGGAAGGCUUAAGUUGAAAACGUUGGUCAUAGCACAAAAUUCCAUUAGUGGGGUUUUUGAAAGAUUUCCUUGUUUGAAAUGCCUAUCUUUAAGCUUUGUCAGUAUUUCAGCAUUGGAUUUAAGUCUUCUGAUCAUUGGCUGUCGGAAAAUUGAAGCCUUGGAGCUUGUCGAUCUAGAGAUUGCAAUAUCAGAUGCACAAGUGACAGUUGAGCUGACCAGUCCCACAUUGAUGAGUCUUUAUGUUGAAGCAAUCAAUCUGUAUAAGUUUAUGUUGGAGGCAGAUAGAAUUGAGUGUUUGCACUUCAAAGAUUGUGCCCUUGAGGAUUUCGAAUUUUUCGGAAGGGGGACAUUGAAGCAGUUGAAGACUGAUGAUGUUAGUGUGCUACACCUUCAUAUUGCUGAGAGUGCAGAAAAUCUUGAGACUGUAGAUAUCAGAAACUUCACAAUAAUGUGGCCAAUGUUCUACAAGAUGAUCUCAAGAUCAUCAAAAUUAAGAAGACUUCGCCUUUGGGAUAUGGUGCUUUACGGGGAAGAUAAGAUUGUGGAUUUGGAAACAAUUGCUGUUUUUUUCCCAACUCUAACCCACCUUUCACUAUGCCAUGAUUUAAAAGAUGGAGUGGUUCAUUAUAGUCUGCAAGAGUCUUCUCAGUUGGUGAAUGUGACUAUGUUGGAGCUUGGUUGGACUGUAAUUAAUGGUUUCUUCUCACGUUGGGUUGAGGGGAUGCCAAGACGAUGCCCGAAUCUUAAGAAGCUGGUCAUUCGUGGGGUUAUUCCAGAGGUCAAAAUCCAUGAGGAUUGCCAGAUGCUGGCUAAUUUCACGUCGUCCAUUGUUGAGCUCAUGAGAAAAUAUAUUCAUUUGGAGGUUCAAUUUGGUUGGAAAUCCAGUUUUGGCUCAAUUCUGUCAUGUACAGGGUCUAUAGGCACAUGUAUGGGUACAUUUUACAUCAUGUAGAGACUGAGCAUGUUAACGAAAAAUGACGAUAAUUACAAUCUCUUGCAUUUGAUUAAUUUUGUAGUUUCUCAGCAAACAAACACCUCUGUUUCCCCUCUUUCUCUCUCUCAAGCACGCAUGCACACACACAUGGGUGUGUGUGCACAUGGGUGUCAGCAGACUCACACGCAGCCACUCGUCUUCUUUACUGGUUUGCCUACUGUUUGAUUCUUUUCAUAUGUGAUGUUGCUCCAUGUAUGUUCAAAUGAUGCUGAUUGUAUUUCUCAGGUGUCUCUCUUACUUGAUAAUGAGUUUUUAUAAUCUUUGCAUGAAAAAUGCAGAUUUAAUCAUUAAAACUACUUAUAAUUAAAAGGGGAGUGUAAAAUGCAUGUACAUGUGUUUUGUUUUAUGGAAAUUUUUUUUGUCAAGUGUUUUGAGGAAAAGAGAUCGAAAACAUAUCAUAGUUUUAAGUGACAAUGAAAGUGGACACCUCGGAAUUUGGUUGCUUCUUAUUAGUGUAAGUUUUCUUUCACCUGGUUAGUAAUGAGGUGAGAAUGGCUCAUCUUUGAAUUUGGUAUCAGAAUAGGUUUUGUGCUGUUGUUAAUAUGUGAUGAUGAUGGUGAAAUACUCUUCCUGGGAAGUUUAUGUUUUAGUUAUUAGAACUGCAUACAACUGUUUAUAUCUGAUUCAAUUUACAUUCAUAUCAGGGAAUAUAUGAAGCUCCUUAUCUGAAUUAUUUUAACACCAGUAUAACUGGCAUGCAAUUUCCUUUAGUGGCUUGACUCAGAUACUACUUUGCCAUCAUUGUUAAUUUCUUAUGCCCCUCAUUUCCAGGUUGAGUAGAUUUUUUGUUCAAGAUAUUGUAGUCCCAAAGCUUGCCACUGAAAAAUCCAGUUUCAUACGUUCCUAGCAAGUUAGAAAGUCGUUCGAAUGUUUAUGUUUCCAUUCUUGGAGGACAUAAUUUUGGGUGGAAUAUGAAGGAUGUUUGCUAAACCUCUUUCCUGAUAUGAUGGAGUGAGGCCAGUAAUGGUUGUUAGUUACGAUGCAGACCAUAAACAGCGAUGCUUGCCAUUUUGCUGCUUCUGUGAAUGUGUUGCAGCUAUUGGAGACAGGCAGGGGCAAUCAAUUAGAAUGAAGAUGAAGGCCUGAUGUGUAGCACACUCUUGCUUCUUGCAGACAGAAUGAGUUAUAGAGCUGAGUAAACAACAGCAUGAGACAUAUAGCUGAGUAAACACUGCGUGACCCAUCCGAUCCAACAUAUUGCCUGGUCCUCAUCGGCUUUAGGGGGCUGGACCAAUCUACUGACCCCAUUGGUUCAGCCUUUGUUGACUGGUAGACAAAUUUAGGGGGAAAUAUAGUGACUUUUGAUGAUGAAACAAAGGGUUCUUGGCUAUUUGCUUGGAAACAAAAUUGAAUCUCGAGUGCCUUUUAAUUGCUUGAAACCAGUUAAGUCAGGAAUUUUGGAAGCUAACUCACAGGAAAUCUUUUAUUGGGCUUGAUGAGUGAAAUAGGAGGGGAAAAUAUUUUGGUUUAAAUUUUAUUUUUGUGAACAAAAGAGCUGUGGUUAUGAGUUCAAAAUAAGCUGCAAAGAGAG